GCUGGGCGGUAAACCGGUUCAAAUCGAAAACCGGUUUUGUUUUUCGUUACGAUUUAAAUUUGUAAUAAACCGCUAUACCAGUGUAUUUAAUUACACGACGUUCGGAACUAACUUUACGCUCCGCCGCGCGACACUGUUUCAGACGGACCCUUUACAACGUUGCACUUCCUUAGCAGCGACGAGUGGACGAGCAGUGCUCGGGUGUUAUGUUACAGUGAAGAUGGAUGCUGAACAUGAAACAGAAGAACUUGUGCCAAAAAAAGGAGCCGGGUCUGUUGUUUGGAGGUUUUUUGGUUUCCAAAAAUCCGACGUCGACCAAACAACCAUUUUAUGCAAGUGCUGUCGGGCUAAAAUUCAAGCCAAAGGCGGCAACACGAGCAAUUUGCUCCAGCACCUUAGCCGCAAGCACGUCUUGGAAUAUCAAGAAUGUUUGAAAUUAAAGUCAGCGGACUCUGCGCCCUCCACAUCAGCAGGUAACACGGGGAAACCAAAAGAAAAGUCGAGCCAAAUGUCACUUAAAGACGCGUUCGCUAAAGGGACUUGCUACGACAAAAAAAGCAAACGGUGGAUCGAGAUUACAAACUCGAUCACUAACCACAUUGCCAAAGACAUGGUCCCGCUUAUUACAGUCGAAAAAGACGGUUUUAAGCAGAUGAUAAAGACGCUGGAUCCCAGGUAUGAAAUGCCGAGCAGAAAGUACUUUAGCCAAGUUGCUAUCCCCAACUUGUACCAAAAGCACAGAGCUAAGCUCGAAACAGACCUGGCAACCGUCCACCACUUCGCAGCAACGACUGAUAUGUGGUCCAGUCGCACUAUGGAGCCUUAUCUGAGCCUUACGGUUCACUUUAUAAGUGAAGAAUGGGUGUUGCAAAGUCAUUGUUUGCAGACAAGCUACUUUCCUAAUGACCAUACUGGAGAGUUUCUUGCAGCAGGCCUGAAAGAGGCAUUUGAUUCCUGGGGACUUUCGGAGCAGAAGCUAGUGGCCAUCACUACAGACAGUGGAGCCAACAUCAAGAAGGCUAUUGAACUGAACAAUUGGACAAGACUCCAGUGCUUUGGUCACAGGCUUCAUCUAGCCAUAGAGACAGCUAUGAAAGAUGACCGCAUACAACGUGCAGUAGGUGUCUGCAAAAGAAUUGUGUCAGCCUUCUCAUACUCUUGGAAGAAAAGGAGGGACCUGGCUAUUGUUCAGAACGAUCUGGGUCUUCCAAAGCAUGUGCUCACAACUGAGAUGCCUACAAGGUGGGGAUCGCGUCAAAUGAUGAUUAAAAGAGUACUUGAGCAAGAGAGGGCCAUUAGUCAGGUUCUAAAAGCUGACAAGAAAUCAAGGCACUUGGUCCUUAGCUGGCAAGAUGUGGAUGUCCUAGAAGCUGUCAACAAGGUGUUGAGCCCACUCCAGGACUUCACUGAUGCCUUGUCAGGAGAGCAAUAUGUCAGUGUCUCCUACCUCAAGCCAGUGCUCAGUCUCUUCAACACAUCCAUUCUUGCUGAGGAAGAGAGUGAUACUCAGCUGACGAAGGAUGUGAAGAGAAACAUUCUAGCUUACUUGAAUGAGAAAUAUUCCGAUCAGGUCACAGAUGACCUGCUUGACAUUGCAUCACUUCUUGACCCACGGUUUAGAACCAAGUAUAUGGAUAAAGAAAAGGUGGAGCGGGUUCUAUCCAGAGCAGUUGAAGAGAUUGUGCUACUAAUAAAGGCUCAACAGGACACACUCUCAGGGGCUGCUGGUGCAGCAGAAGCAGAGCCUGUUCCUCCUCCUGAGGAAAAAAGAAAAAAGACUUUGGCCAGCUUUUUCAAAAGGCAGAGCACCACCAGCAACAGCACACUCGCAGUGCCAGACGACCAAAGCAUCAGAAUGGAGCUGACAGUCUAUUUACAGACCACAGAGGUUGACAGUGAUACAGAUCCUUUAGACUGGUGGAGAUGCCAUCAGACAAAUUUCCCUCGCAUUGCCAAGCUAGCUCAGCAGUAUUUAUGCAUCCCUGCCACCAGUGCUCCAUCUGAGAGAGUUUUCAGCACUGGUGGCAACAUUGUCACUUGCCACAGGGCCGCACUCAAACCAGAUGCUGUGGACCGUCUCGUUUUCCUGGCAAAAAAUUUGUAAAUGUUGAAAUGUGUGAUUAUUGUUUACAUUUAUACAGGAUAAUAAUCCUGUGAGCCAAGUUGCAGUUGCACUUUAUAUUUAUUUUAUAUGUUCUGGUUUUAAAGCAAUACUUUUGAAGGAAUAACUAAUGCAAGUUGCAUAAUUUUAUUUUUGUAGACCUCAAAAGCAAUGCAAGACAAGUUAAUAUUUACUUGAAUAAACGUAAUGUUACUGGGCUUGUACUUGAAGAAAAAGUAUUUUAAGUUAAUUUAAGUGGACUUGUUCUUAUUUUGUUGUUCAAAAUAAAAUAUCAAAAUAAAUGUUCUGUAUUUUGACAGGAAUUGUCUUUGCAUUCUGAUCCUCAGUUCAUUAGAAUCAUGACUGGCUCUUAUUUGUAAACAACAGCAUAAUUUUCUGGGGCCAUGCAAGCCUGUAUUACUACUACUAUUGUGGAAUUAUUUUACAAUAUUCACUAGUAAUGACAGUAAAAUAGACCAUCCUCAAUUUACUGCAGUAAUUACUUUCUCAACCAGCAGAAAAUGCAUUUAACACCUGACUAUGCAUGAAAAAAAAAACCGUAAAAAACCGAAAACCGGCAUAAUUUUGAAAAAAACCUUGAUGUUCAUUUUUGGUCA